AUGUCGCAGUCUGAUUUCCAUGUGAACACUGUUUUUCAAGAAGCAGUGCCUACUGCGCAUGCCGCUACCCAAGAGACACAAUCUAUGAAGUCUAGGCUUUGGUGGAUGUCCAGAGACAACGAUCUCUUAAUUCAGGAGUGCAGCACAAAUGCUACCCGGACAUGGCCCAACUACACCUUAUCCCCCAUACCGCAGCAUGACUUGGUGUCAGUCAUCGUCGACCCUCUGCAGGAUCUUGUGGUCACAAUUUCAUCGCCUUAUUCCAUCGACGUGCACAAUUUCGCUCAGGCUCAGCACGCUUUUUGGCUAGAGAUCUACAUGCUUUCGUCGCAGGCUCCGCAUCCGGAUUCAGCGUGCACUUCCUUGGACUACAGACAUCAUUUUAAUGCACGUGGUAUUCACCAUGUUGUGUUCAUGAAAGAACCUGCAAUCUGUGGAGAUCGUAUAGUUGUCCCCUAUUGUACACACACAGACAAUACAUGGGCGAAGCUGAUGUACAUACAAGUGGUGGAUUGGAAGAAAGGACAGGUAGAAUGUCAUCAGCAGCAUCCUAUAGACCACCAGGUUCAAAGGCAUCAUCAGUACAAUUUCCAUUUCAUAGACCAGCAGACAUUUGUUGUCAUCGACUUGGAAGCUUCUAUAAGCUUGUAUACGUUACAAGAAUUCGGCAGGCCGCCUCGGCGCCGAAUCAUCUACUGCUUUCCGGUGUACCACUCUGCACGUUGCCCAUCGCGCAACAGUUCGCCCAGACCUUAUGCCCAGCUACGUGCCCUCCCGGAGUCCCAAAUUAUGGUCUUGGAGAUGCUCCUUCCCAUAUUGCCCGUUAUUUUGGUCAUCGAUAUGGCCAUUUUCUCUGAAAAAGCCCUGCAUUCAGAGGCGCUUAACGCGAUGCCCUGGUCGGACUGGGGACCACAGCAUACGUGCUGCUUUCCGCAUGACCCAAGCCACCGAAUCAGUGUUUUCGGUAGCAGAAUGGCCUAUGCUCUUCCUCGAUAUCGGACCCCCACUCCUGGGCAUAGACUGGAGGCGCUAUCUGCCGACGGUCGCUUCCACGUGCACAUGUGGGACUUCAAUCAAAAAGUCAUUGCCCGUUCCAAAAGUAUCUCCGAUUCCGACUUACCAGGCCAUCUGAUCUGCAAGCCUGCUUGCCUAGGUCACACGUGUUACAAUAGUGACUUCAGCUCGAACCGUUCUUACACUGCUACCGUCUGCCAUGAAUCUUUCCCGACGCGUGACUUUGAGAGGUUAUUCUUGGAACAGGAUAGGUUUACUUUAACAUGGGUUCGACCUGACGCGGUUGAUAUCAAGGUCGUUUCCCCCAUACUAGAGACGAAGACGGCUGCACACGGAGGUUGCCCGUUAGCUCAACCUUAUACCGGAAAAAUCUAUCCUGGUCCAACUGCAAUGCAUGACGCAUUACACGUUACUGCCCACCACCUGCGACAAGACAAUUUGUCAUCAACACGCUUUAUUUCUUAUAAAACUAUGAUGAUGGCUGUUGGAUCCAUGUCGCUGCCGCUUUCUACAGAACUGAUCCAUCGCAUCCUAACCCUCCUGAGUCCUCACGCCAGAGGACAUUCGCCAUUGAUGUCGGUCGCUUCUACGUACACAUGUCAUUUAUUCUACACAUACGGAGGUUGGCUUUGGACUAGAAGGGAUUUCGGCUUCGGCGCCGAUAAUUGCGAGGACACAACCAAUCAUACCCCUAGUCUUGUGUCAAUCAGUCUGAAACCAUCGCAGACAACUCGUAUUUUGAGUAAUGUUGGCUCGGACCUCACGUCUAGAAGGAAUCUCGGCUUCGGGGGCGAUGAUUGUCAGGAACACGGCCAACUAUGCCCCUGGCCGCCAGUGUCGUGUCAAAAGUCUGAAAUUAUCGCAGACAGUUCAGUGUUUUGGCCGAUGCGAAUUGCCCAUGUUGUCCGGAAAUAG